UUGACAAAAUCACCGCCAAAUAUCAGUCAAAAACAACUAAUCCGUACUUGAUAUCGGUAAAUAUUGUGUUAUAUAUCAUAUUCCAUCAACGGAGAAACGACGUACCGAAAACGACGAUUGUGUGCCCUGUUUUACAGAACUUCGCCUAGGACAUCAAUGUUAUGAAUCCAGCAUAUGGCAGUGCUAACCCUGGCCCACCAGGGCCUGGUGGUAUGAUGGGCCAGAGACCUCCGCAACCUGGUCAGAUGUACAACGGUCCAGCACCUCAGAGACCAUCUGGUCCCCCUCCAGGUCAGUAUGGGGCACCACAAAUGAAACCAGGAAUGCCACCCCAGCAGUUUGGUGGUCAGCCUCCUCAACAGAAUGGCAGUAUGUACCCAGGGCCACAAGGGGAUCAGUACGGUGCUCAGAGAGGGCCGGGCCCACAGCAGAGACCUCCUGGCCCAGGGCAAUUUCCAGGCUCUCCAAUGGCUGCCCCCGGCCAGCAGCAAAUGAGAGGUGGCCCACCAACCUCUAUGAUGGGAGGACCGCCGUCGUCAACGGGUCAGAUGACAAAUCAGAUGAAUGCAAUGAAUAUAUCUGGAGGACCUCCUAGACCAGGACAGACAGUCGGAGCACCAAACAGUAUGCCACCUCAACAAGGGAUGGGCCAGAGAAUGCCACCGUCGAGUAUGGCAGGCCCUCCUGGAUCUGGAGGCAUGAUGGGCCCUCCGAAGCAAGGUAUGCCUGGCCAACGGCCUCCUGGACCAAGACCUGGGCCUCCAGGCAUGGGUAUGCCUCCUUCAUCCAUGGCUGGUAUGCCUCCUAACUCCAUGGGUAGUAUGCCACCAAACUCCAUGAGGGGAAUGCCGCCAUCGUCAAUGUCUAGCAUGCCACCUACGAGUGGCAACAUGCCUUCAUCCAUUGGAAUGCCGCCUGCUAGUGGCAGCAUGCCGCCUACAUCUGGUGGAAUGCCACCACAAAUGGGAGGGAUGCAACCUCCAAUGGGAGGAAUGCAACCUCCUAUGGGUGGGUCUCAACCUCCUAUGGGUGGAAUGCAGCGGGGUGGUCAGCCACCUCUAUCAAGGCCACCAGGACCGGGAAUGCCGCCCAUGUCAGGGUCAAUGCCACCAGGACAAGGAAUGCCACCAACCUCUCAGUACAACCAGAACGCUGCUCCAAUUAUGUAUGGUCAACAGGGACAACCGGGAGUCCUACCAACCACCCCCACUGGAAUGCCACCCAUGCAGAAUCAGGGACAGCCACCGCUGCCUGGACAGCCCCCAAUGCCAGGACAAGGGCAGCCACCAAUGCCAGGACAAGGGCAGCCACCAAUGCCAGGACAAGGGCAGCCACCAAUGCCAGGACAAGGGCAGCCACCAAUGCCAGGACAAGGGCAGGCCCCAAUGCCAGGACCGGGAGGCCAGUAUCCUCAAUUCUCUAAUCAAGCCAGGCCUGCGCAACAACCACAGCAGCCUAGGAGACUAGACCCUGACCAGAUGCCUAGUCCGAUCCAGGUAAUAGAAGAUGACCGUCGGAAUCGGGGUGGUGUAUUCCAGACGAAUUCCCGCGGCCAGGUACCACCUCUGGUUACCACAGACUUCCAUACGGAAGAUGCUGGGAAUGCAAAUCCACGAUUCAUCCGCUCGACCAUGUAUAAUCUACCAUGUACCCAGGACAUGCAGAAGGAGUGCCAUAUACCAAUCGCUAUGACAAUUACACCGUUCGCUAGGCUGGAUGAUAAGGAGCGACCUUUACCACUGGUUGAUCUUGGUGAGAUGGGACCUGUACGUUGCAAUAGAUGUAAAGCUUAUAUGAAUCCAUACAUGCAGUUCAUUGAUGGCGGCCGCAGAUUCCAGUGUUGUUUCUGUACAUGUUCAACAGAAGUCCCGGCUGAGUAUUUUGCUCAUUUGGAUCAUACCGGUAGAAGAGUGGAUAGUUAUGACCGGCCAGAACUUUGUCUAGGAUCCUAUGAGUUUGUAGCCACUAAAGAAUAUUGUAGGAAUAACCAAACUCCCAAACCACCAGCAUUUGUGUUUAUGAUCGAUGUCUCCUACAAUGCAGUCAAAAGUGGCCUGGUUCACCUGAUCUGUGAGCGACUCAAGGAUGAUGUGCUCAUUAAUUUACCAAAGGAAAGUGGUAUGGAGGAGUCUGAAAUCCGUGUUGGGUUUGCCACGUACAGCAAUGUCAUCCAUUUCUACAACGUGAAGGGCUGCCUUGCCCAGCCGCAGAUGUUAGUUGUCUCGGAUGUCCAGGAUGUGUUUGUACCACUUGUUGAUGGAUUCCUGGUCAAGCUAUCCGAGUCGGAAGCUGUUAUUGACAGCCUGCUAGAACAAAUUCCUGCGAUGUUCCAAGAGACGAGAGAAACUGAGACCAUCCUUGGCCCUGUGAUCCAGGCUGGUCUUGAUGCCCUCAAGUCCGCUGACUGUACUGGCAAGCUGUUCCUCUUCCACACCUCCCUCCCACUGGCCGAGGCACCUGGCAAACUCAAGAAUCGUGACGACAGGAAACUCCUUGGUACUGAGAAAGAGAAGAGCUUGCUAUCGCCCGUCGAUAUGGUGGGCAAACUAGGCCAAGACAGUGUUACUACAGCACUUGUUGGGACCAUUCUAUCACCAAGCACCAACUUCUACACCAAGCUCGGCCAGGACUGUGUGGCUGCCGGAUGUGCUGUUGAUAUGUAUUUAUUCCCCAACUCUUACAUAGAUGUCGCUACAAUCAGUGAAGUUUGCAAGCUCACCGGCGGACAGAUUUCCAAAUACACCUACUUCCAGGCAGACUUGGACGGGGAUCGCUUCAUUGAGGAUUUAAAGAAUAACGUGCAGCGUCCGAUUGCGUUUGAUGCGAUAAUGAGAGUACGGACCAGCACAGGUAUUCGGCCCACUGAUUUCCUUGGAAACUUUUACAUGUCAAAUACGACUGACGUUGAGCUGGCCACCAUGGACUGUGACAAGGCAAUCAGCGUAGAAAUCAAACAUGAUGACAAGCUAUCAGAGACAGAUGGAGCAUACACACAGGUUGCUGUGUUAUAUACCAGUACUACUGGCCAGAGGAGACUGCGUGUGCAUAAUAUGGCAUUUAACUGUUGCACGAUGAUGGCUGACUUAUUCAGAAAUGUGGAGACCGAUGCACUUAUCAACAUUUUGGCUAAACAAGCAAUCCGUACUGUUUUGAGCAGUGGUCCAAAGCAGGUUCGGGAACACAUCAUGAACAUGUGUGCUAACAUCUUAGGCUGCUACCGGAAAAAAUGUGCCAGUCCUUCAUCUGCGGGACAACUGAUCUUACCCGAGUGUAUGAAGCUGCUGCCAUUGUAUACGAACUGUGUAAUCAAGAGUGACGGGCUGCAAGGGACUGGCCCAGUGCAGACAUUCUCCCCACUGACUGCUGAAGCUGCUGACAUCUCUACAGACGACCGCAGCUACCUGAUGCAUCUCAUCAACAGCAUGGAUGUGUCGGCAUCUUGUGCCUUCUUUUAUCCCAGGCUCAUGCCACUGCAUGAUGUUGACAUUGGCUCAAGGAUUGUUCCAACAGGGAUCAGGUGUUCAGUCGACCGGUUACAGGAAGACGGAGCAUACUUGCUUGAAAAUGGAAUAUCGAUGUUCUUGUGGCUUGGCCAUAACAUCAAUCCCCAAUGGGUUCAUGAUGUGUUUGGUGUGCAGUCACUCGCUCAGAUUGACAUCGAUAAGGGCCUCUUACUAGAACUUGAUAAUCCACUGUCACAGAGAAUUCGAGGAAUUGUUCACAAAAUACGAAAAGAAAGAAAUAGGUUUAUGAAGAUGACGAUAGUGCGACAGCGGGACAAACUAGAACCGUGGUUCCAACACUUCUUGGUCGAGGACCGAGGGAAUAACGGCACAGCAUCAUACGUGGAAUAUCUCUGUCAUAUACACAAAGAAAUACGCAACUUGAUGAGCUGAGCAUGGACAGUGUCAGGUUUAAAAAGACAGUGAACGUCACUGAUGGACAAGAUCAGAUGGAGUGCCUGGAGUCCCCUGUUGCCUUGUGGAGCGAUGGGGGUGUGGUGGGAUGGAUGGCUGGGCAGUCUGAUGUGACACCAUGUAACAUUCAGUGGGGAACUCUCCAGAUUACCCCUCUCGUCGAGUUGUGGUAUGUGGGGCAUCUUGGCACAUCUAGUCUAGUGAUAACUACAUUCAAUGACAUGUCGGAUAUACCAUCUUGUGCUAAAAUCUUAUUCAGUGGGAAAUGUUUGUUUUUGGUGGCGGUAACAAAUAAUGAAUCAUCGUAUAUCUGAAAACCAUGUUCACCACAUCCAUCUGUGUUUAUAUUGAGUUGGUUAUGUCUUGUUAUGAUUCUUGUGCAGCCACCUUCCAGGUUGGAGAUUUCACCUUUUUUUACGCUGUGGCCAUUUGACAGUAAGUUGCACACAGUUUUGGACAAGAAUAUGUAAUGCCUCAUGUGAACUUAAACAGAUAUUUAACCCCUGAAUAUUUCCCUCCUGCCGACCAUUUUCAUGACACUCCAGAUUUUGUUUACAAUUUGCAGUGAUGCUGCACGCUAUAUUGUAUUUAUUGAUAAAUUGUGAUUAUUGGAAACAAUGGGUUUUCUUGCUACGUACAUUUUUCCUUUCCUUUUGGGGAUUGUGGGAGCUGAAUGAGUGUGUUGUAAUGUUAGUAAAUGGAAUGAAAUGUUUUGGUUCAUUUCUGUUUGUUUUCUGUAAAGCAGGCCAUAUGAUACUGGGCUUGUUUGUUAUGAUAUGUACAUGACGAUGUCAUCAAGCAAAGCAGACCAUAUGAUACAGGGCUUGUUCGUUAUGAUAUGUACAUGACAAUGUCAUCAAGCAAGCUGUUCUUACUCGAAUCAAAAUCUUAAUUUCCUAGAGGAACUGUUUUUCAGUCCUGUGUGUUUCGGCUUGAUUUGACGAUGGCAUUCCAUUUCUAAUGGCCAUAUGGUCAGACUAUCUCCAGACAUGUCCUACAUGUAUCAUCUCAGCUUGCUCCAUCAUUACUUUCUAACUAUGCAUGAGCUUGUAUCACCUGUUACUACACUGAGUAUAUUUCAUUAGAAUACUGAAAACAAAAAAAGAGGUUAACCAAUUAUCUUUGUUGUCAUGGGUCAUGGAAUAUGCCGCCACUCGCGUGUAUUAUAGUGUACAGUUUAUUUGUAGGUUAUUUCUCAUUGUACAUGUGUAUCUCAUAAGUUUAAUGUAUUUUGGUGCUGUUUAGAGUUAAUUUGAUGGGUGAUGCUGUGAGAGCCAGGAUGUGGGGAGUCAUGAAGUAGAAGGUGGAUGGACUACCUCUGGCAGUGGCUCAAUAAGGGCCUCACAUUGAAACAUUCUCUUUUCCUCCUAGCUAUUCAACAGUCUUGAAAGCAGUAUGCCCCAUUGGCACUUUCAGAGUCCUCUCUAUUUGAAGUUCCAGAUGUUAAAAUUGUAUGUGAUCAAUUAUUUUGUAUGAAGCAAGUCAACCUAUAUGUGCAGUGUACCGGGGUGUGUGAAGGAAUGACCAAAGAGUGGCUACUGCUCUCUAGAGACCAUCGAACCCGGGCUUAUUUUACUAAAAAGCAAUCCAAGAGUGUUGCCUCUUACAGUUUCAUGUACUGUGUCUGUAUCAGCUGAGACCAAUGGAACCUGAUAUCAAUCCACAAAGGCCAUUGUAGUGUGUGCACACUAAGGGUCUCACCUAUCUCUUGUCUUAAAGGUGCUGCUAUCAACCGGACAACAAAUCUCUACAAGGCUUGUACAGUCAACUUAGUCUGAAAUGAAACCCAGAGCUUAUUAUCUGCACGAUGUUCAGUUGUUUUUCCUUGGUUCAGGUUGAAUUGUCUUUAUUCCAGUCAGUUGAAGACAGCUCAGACUACCUAGUAUUUGAACAGGCUUUCUUCAUCAAAUAGUGUCAAUAUUUCAUCUGUACAUUUUAAAUUAAAAAUGCUAAAAAUAAAUGA